AUGCCUAGAACAUGUGGGAGACAAACUAACAGAGUUAAUGUUAAUGCUAAGGACCCUGAAGAGUAUUAUAAAAUAUCAAUUUUCAUACAAUUUCUUGAUAACUUAAUAAAUCAGUUACACUAUAGAUUUGAUAAAAGACUUCAACAAAUUAUGCCACUAGAAGGAUUAAUACCAACUAAUUUUGGAUACUAUGACGAUACAUCUAUUUUAGCGGCUGCUUCUGUUUAUGAAAAUGAUUUUUCAGUUAGCAUGAUGUCAUGUAGAAAAGCACAAAUAUUUAUUUGGAAAAAACAGUGGGAAUCAGAAACAAAUCUUCCAGGGUCUGCCGUUGAAGCACUUCAACAUUGA